AGUUUCUGUGGAGGAAGGAUAGACUUUUACCAGUAGACAAUUGGGUAAAAAGCUGUCAAUCUGUUACCGCCCCAAAACACCGGAAUUACGAGAUGGGACAACGCAGACUGUAUCUCAACUAAAAAGACAAAGGAUAAACAGCAACAUUUGCCAGAUUUCCAUUUUUCAUCUGGCAGACGUGUUCCAUUGUCCUUGAGAGCGGUACCCCCCCGCCGCACACUGCUCCUCUCUCCAGCUGUCACUUGAACCUCCUUUUCCUUCUGCCCCCCACUCUCAACACCCCCCACCCUCAAUUUCCCCAACAACCCCCUCACGGAUACACAGCCCCGAUGGCAGGGCGCCCAUCCCGACCCAGUGGCCAGCCCCAGUCCAGUAAGGUGAGCCAGUUUAAAUUGGUUCUACUGGGGGAGACAUCAGUGGGGAAGUCCAGCCUGCUGCUGCAGUUUGUCAAAGGCCAGUACCAGGACUUCGGGGAGAGCACCAUUGGGGCGGCCUUUUUGACUCAGAUGGUGAGUGUGGACAGUGCCAUGGUGAAGUUUGAGAUCUGGGACACGGCUGGUCAGGAACGCUACCACAGCCUGGCACCUAUGUACUACAGAGGAGCUCAGGCAGCCAUAGUGGUCUAUGACAUUACCAACACAGAGACCUUUGUACGAGCCAAAGCCUGGGUGAGCGAGCUCCAGAAACAGGCCAGUACAAACAUGGUGAUAGCCUUAGCGGGCAACAAAGCCGAUUGGUCUGCUAACAGAGCGGUGGAGUAUACGGAUGGUCAGGGUUAUGCUGCUGACAACAGUCUUCUCUUCAUGGAGACCUCUGCCAAGACAGCCAUGAAUGUCAACAACCUCUUCCUGGCCAUAGCCAAGAAACUGCCCAAGAGUGAGCCACUGGGUGGAGUAGCUGGCAGUGCUGGGGUUCGAGGAGGACCUCCAGUGGACCUCAGACAGCCUACCCAGACCAGCCCUGCCCAGUGCUGUGGAAACUGAGGAAGGAUGGGGGAGAAGAGAAGCAAGCUCACAUCUGAGGGAGGAGGGAAGUUUAAAGAGAUUUUCCAGACAAAAGAAAGGAGCGUAAAAGAGAGAAGUGUAGCAUGCAAAUGAGUUAAAGGAAUGAUAAGGGACAAAUACACUGAGUGUACAAAACAUUAGGAACUCCUUCCUAAUAUUGAGUUGCACCCACCCAACUGUUCAAGCUAUGUCAUGGAAAGAGCAGGUGUUCUUAAUGUUUUGUAUACUCAGUGUAUGUAGAUCAAUGGGAGAAAAACACACACUACAAUAAGAUGAACUUCUAUUAAAGUUAUCACUUCCCAACAUGUUUUUGUCAACUCGGCACUACUGGACAGCCAGAUAAAAUACACUUACUGUAUGGUCUGUACCUUUCCAAAUUUUCGUGGGUUUAUUUGAUAUUAUGAAAAUAAAUUUAAUUAUGUUGAAAUACAGACUGCGUUGUCCCACCUCGAUGUUUACACUCAGCAGUUAUCCCAGUACUAGAAACUAAGGCCAAAUGAACACGUGGUGUGGGGUUAUGAAGUUCUUGGCAAAUGCUGCCAAUCUGAGGACACAAACAGGAAGUGACAUCACAUUGGUCUUUCAGGCGGUGCGGUCACACUAGGCCAAAGCGAUUAAAACAGAGGUGGAGGCCAAACGUCUGUUUGCACAAAGCACAGAUCAUUUCUGAGAACACAUGGUCAAAGCUCCCAGCAGUCCCUCCUAUGACUGCAUAUCAAAUAGCUUUAAUCCAUGUUCAUUUGCCUCUCAAUCUUAGUUGGACAUUUAUAUUAUCAGCUCUGCUGUACAGUUCCUGAGCCUCUCAUGUAGUCCCUAAAAGAGGAAGUGACAUCAAAUGUAAAAAAAAAUAUCCUUUACUAAUAAAUGUGCAAUACUAAAGGUGUACUCAGCUGGCCUGUACUAUAGGAACGUUUUCUAUGUUGUAGUUAGAAAUAGAAUGUAUAGAACCAUGUACAGUACAGGUAACCCUAAUGUUACAGACUGUUCACCGGUGAUGGUUGAACAAAAUUAUUGGCCAAUUGCAUAGAGAUGGUGAUAAAAACAGUGGAACUAAGACAAUGAGAAGAUCAUUUCUUGUGGUUUGACAAAAUCAAUGUCCUUUAUCCGAUUUGUCUCUUUUGUUUCUGUCCUGUUUUAAUUACCACAGACGCAUUGCUCACUGCAAAUAUUACUGUGUUAUAGUUUCAUAGAAUUCCCUGGCUGUGUAUUGUUUUAUAAACACAAAGUAUAUAUUUGCCUAAUGGUGUUCCAAUAUAGCAUCAUAAAAGGCACUAUAUGCCCACUGGAUCUCAUUUCAAGUCUUGUAUUAUCAAGCUUUUUAUAACAGUGUGCAUUGCCCAUGUAUGCAUAUCCUAUAUCGCAGUCUCAAUGUCUUGUUUUAAAAUGUUUACAAAUAAGUGCCUUUCUUUUUUAAUCUUUAAUUGUUUGUUGGUCUAUUCAUGUGCAGUUUGAUAAUACAUAAUUGAUGUGAUAAGA